UCAGAAGCCACAGGCGUUGGAGACCAGAGGAGGGCUGAAAUGGUUCUCUCUCUCUCUCUCUCAAUUUAGGAAAAAAAAGGAUAAUCUGUACUGUACUUGCCUCUGCAUCGCUCCUCUAAUUGAGCUAAAGUUUCUCUCUUUCUGAUGAUAUCUGUUCUAUACCUCAAUGUUUCCUAGCCGUGAGAAGACUCAGACCUCUAGAACUCUUUCUUUUCUUUAGCAGAAAUUUCUUUUAACUCGGGUUUUCUGAGCAAAGAGUUGGGUUCUUGGUGAUACCCAGUUGUUAAUUUUCCCGGAACAUGGAGAAUUUCCCAGGAAAAAAGAGACCCACCAUCAGUCUUUCCCUUUUCACCACCCUGUCAGAAUCAUUUUCCGUCGAUAAGUCUCUGAAUCCCUCCAAAUCUCCUAGAAAUUUCCAGGAUGGCGUGGUUGGGCUUGGCAUAGUGGCUGCCAUGACCGAUUUGAGCUACAAAACUCCUGAGAAUUUAGCGGUGGUGUCGCCGAGAUCGACACCGAUCCCAAUCGUCUCGUCUGCGAAGGCAGCUGCUAACUUUAGAGGUCCACUGAAUGAUGAAGAGAUGGAUGAGGACGUGGAUGAGAUGUCUGAGAGCUACACUUGCGUGAUUUCGCAUUUGGGGAGCAACGUGGUUGAGAAACGCGUGUAUUUCGAUGAUAAGCUUGAUGGGGUUGUCGGUGAUUGGUGCGGUGAUGCAUAUGGGACGAAUGGUUGUGCCGCAAGAGUGUCCUCUGCUUCCGCUGUGAAUGUUGGUAAAGUAAGUAGGGAGUUUUGGACUGCUGAUUUUCUUAAUACUUGCUAUCUUUGCGAGAAGCAGCUUCAUGGGCUGGACAUUUUCAUGUACAGGGGGGAAAAGGCAUUUUGCAGUUCCGAGUGCCGUGACAAACACAUUAAAAGGGAUGAUUACAAAGAUAAGUGUGCAUCUGGAGCACUGAAGCCACUUGAUUACUCUGCGUCUCCCUGCUCCAGUCCCCUGGCGUUUUUUGCUGGCGUUGCUGCGGCAUAAACAUAUUUACGAAACUUACCUAAAGUGAAUAAGAUGGAACUAAAAGGACGUGAAAGGGUGUCCAAUAAAACUGUUUUCACCGGCACAUUAAGCGGUAGAUAAAAUUUGAGAGGGUUUGAGCAUGUUAUAUCUAUAUCCCAGAUUACAAGAAAAUCGAAUGUAAAAUUCGUUUGAACCCAAAAGAGAGAAACAUAUAUAGAUUUGCAUUCUUAAAACAUUUAUAAUAAUUGUUCUAUUAUAUGAAA